AUAGGCAAUUGUAUCUCCUACUCUGUUCUCCGCUCAUUUCUCACCAUCCUGUUGCUAAUUCCUCCUACUGCACUGGUCGCAAUUCCCCUAUUAUCCACCUUCAAAUAUCCUACGCCCGUUCUGCCUAUAAGGCAUCCAUAAAUUCUGAGGGGGCGAGAAGGGAAUGGUUUGGAUGGUGGGGUAGUUGGAUUGUUGCAGGGGGCCCUGUCGGCAGAUGGGUUUGGGGGGCUAUGUGGUGGGGGUACAAGGAACUAGGUGGGGAAAUUGCAAAGGAAGGAAGGGAAGUGUUAGGGUGUGGAAGACUGAUUGCUGAACCGAGGAGAAGGGUUCUCAUCACUUGUGCUGGAGCAUUAUUUUUGGCAUUGACUACUGCGGUACGUGAGUGCCAGCACAAUGGAAGACAUAGGAUUUUAAGUAUGGUUCCUUGACUCACCAAUUUUCAAGGCUCUGGGCGCUCAAAUGAUCCUCAACAUUCUUCGAGGAGAGACGACUCUUGACGUGCGCAAGAGGCGAAGUUGGGCAAGAGACAUGGCAGCUUCAUCAUCAAAGCCUUUUAAAGCUCAACGUGUCUAUUCCCGCAUGCCCAGUGUUGCGAGCAAACCUGAGGUCCCACCGUCGGGGCUGUUGGAUAAUAGCGAUUCAUCCCCCAUCGAACAUCCUGAUGCCACUUCCCAUAAAGCCAGCCACGAGGUAGCGCCACCGCAAACUGUGUCAUCACCAAAGAAUCGACCUCGCGAAUUUGGGAUGGUGUAUAUCCCCCGUAGAUGGGUCGAGCUACAUUCCGAUCACACUUCCAGUUCUGGGAUUCAAAUCGGAAGUGGAGAUGCGAACUCAGUAACGCUGACUCGUGCGUCAUCCAGCCAUGAUGUCUCGGGAUGGGUUGUUCUUGCACUUCCCCAGGAGCGAAUGUACGACUUGGGAUGGAGAAGGAACUGGAGAGUGUUUUGGCGUGGGACUCUCGAGGAGAGUUGGGAAAUGAGUCCAACUCUGUUGAGGAGAAUGAAGGAUGAAGUGAAGAGAUAUGAGACAGGGAACACAUAAAAAAGUUUUAUGACAGACUGGAAUUUUUGACGGAAGUGAUGUUCUUCUAUGUUGUCGUCCUCACACGAUUUGUGGUGGUGCACCAAACCGCUAGGAAAUGUUCACGAUGCUGCAUCAGUGUGAA